CUCAACAGAUGUAAGCAGCCCUGUUUUCUCUAACUGCUCAGCUAAAAUAUGGGACACUUGAAGACACGGGUAUUGGUCAUCUUCUGCUUGUUAUUUACAUGUUACAAAGCAGAAAAAUUAAAAACCAGAGGUCUGCGCCAAAAGGAUGUUGACUACAUGGAAAAAUAUUCCAGCUGCCUCCAAGGUCCAGCAGGCACCCAGGGAAGGGAUGGAAAUCCAGGAGUGAAUGGAAUUCCAGGUACUCCUGGAAUACCGGGCCGGGAUGGUGCAAAAGGGGAGAAGGGUGAAUGUGUGACGGAGAGGUUUGAAGAGCCGUGGAAACCCAACUACAAGCAAUGUGCCUGGAACUCUCUCAACUACGGCAUCGACCUGGGCAAAAUUACAGAGUGUACGUUCACUAAGAAGCAUGCAGACAGUGCUCUCCGUGUGCUGUUCAGCGGCUCACUCAGGCUGAAGUGUAAGACAGCUUGUUGUCAGCGCUGGUACUUCACUUUUAAUGGGGCAGAAUGUGCCGCUCCGCUGCCUAUAGAGUCCAUCGUUUACCUGGACCAGGGAAGUCCAGAAUUCAACUCUACCAUCAACAUACACAGAACCACGUCAGUUGAAGGUUUAUGUGAAGGAGUUCGGAAAGGCCUGGUUGAUGUAGCGAUCUGGGUGGGAACCUGCGGAGACUAUCCACAUGGAGACGCUUCAACCGGCUGGAAUUCUGUUUCCCGCGUGAUCAUAGAAGAGCUUCCUCUGAGCAGCUGAGUCCCUCACAGUCUUCCAGAAACUACCAAGCACUUUCUGUGCUACUACAAUUUUGUUUUUGUUUUUUUUAAAAGAUGAAUUGCUUUGUACUACUCUUAAAAUAUAUUUUUUUUAUUGACAUUGACGGUUCCAUGAAGAACAUUUAACAUACUUUUGAUUCCACAAAAUAUUCUUUAGGGUUUUUCACAGAUGCCAUGGAAGAGUCCAAUUUGCAUCCUCAGAGAAAUUUUCAGUGAUCAGUUCUAAAAAGAACCUUUUUUUUUUUUUAGUGUGAUGAACAUGGAUCAAAUGGGACCAUUUUAUUGUUCCUACAGCGGAUCAAAACAGUGGAUCUGUACACACCACAAGCACUCACGCUCACUUAUAAUGAUCUUUCGCCAUUAUAUCCUCGAAUAUUUUAUGUAGAGCUUCAUUCAAACCCUUUUCAGAGACUUAAAGUCCUACAAGAGCUACAGAUGAUGAAGGUAUUUUAACUACACUAGCAGAAACACAGUGAGCAGCAUGAUAGACACUAAAACACUGCAGAAAAUAAGAAUGGAGAAUGCAGCAAAUAUAACUAUUUUAUCUGUUAUACAUACUGUUUUUUUAUGAAAAAAAAAAGGUAUUUGUAAAGAUUUUUUUCCCUAUGUACAUUUUGCAUUAUUAAGAGCAGCUUGUUAAGAGCAUUUCAUAAAAACAAUAUUAUGAUUGGGAUCUUACAUUUUAAUAUUUACAUCCAAUAUAUUUUUUUCUUCUUCUCAGGACAAUGUGCUUUGGCUCUUAUGACCGAAUAAUGUUAUCGUUGAUGACUUUUUAUUUAUUUAUUUUUUUUAAUUAUUAUUUUACAAAGUACUGUUGGUCGGAUGGAAAUUUAUAUCUGUUCCAAAAAAGUGUUGCCUGCACCUGCUGAAAAGGAAAUAUAGUGACAGUAGCUCUCGGAAAUUUUACUGAUAGAGACUGAUAAAAGGCAGCAGAAUGUGAGAAAGAAAGGAACGAGGGAUAGUGGGAAGAGGGAGGAAACCCUUGAUCUAAAAAAAAUAAAAUAAAAAAAGAACCUUUUGAGGACUGGAAAGAUUCCAUGGAUGUUAAAGGAACCAUAAAUGCCAAUAAAGAACUUUUAUGUUUAAGAGUUUACUGGACUAAAUGUUCAUUGGAUGAGUAAAGUGUAGGGAUUUUUUUUUUUUUUUAAGAACUAUUCACUGAAAGGUUCUUUGGGAAACCAAAAACAUUUUUUUUUUUUUUUUACUUUCAUUUCCUUCCAACCAGUGGCGUAGCCUAAAAAUAGAUGCAGAAUUAUUUUUUAUAGUCUCAAUAAAAAAAUGUUUAAUAAA